UAGAUUUUCACGUGUUUACAGGUUGUAAAAAGAAAAUUUCAUCUGAAAAGGGAGAACAGGUCCCCAAAAGAGUUAAAUGUCUCGUUUGAUUGUAAAAAAUCUUCCUAACGGGAUAAAAGAAGAGCGGUUGAGGACAUUAUUUAGUACAAAAGGGGAGAUAACUGAUUGUACAUUGAAGUUCACUAAAGAUGGUAGAUUCAGAAAAUUUGCUUUUAUUGGAUACAGUAGAGAUGAAGAAGCUAAAAAUGCCAUGAACUCUCUAGACAAAACAUUUAUUGACACAUCUAGAAUACAGGUGGAAUAUGCCAAGGAUUUUGGAGAUCAGAACAAACCAAGAUCAUGGAGUAAAUAUUCUAAAGAUAGUUCAGCUUUCCAGACCAGAUCAACAGUUGUCAAAACAGAGGAAAAGUCUGACAAAACUUCCAAGUCUGAAAAAAAGAAAACAGCCAAAGACAAAGCAUUGGAGGACAUGAUGGGAGAGUUAAAAGAUGAUCCAAAAUUUGAAGAAUUUCUUGAUGCUCAUAUGAAAGGUGGGAAAAAACAAAUCUGGAACAAUGAUGAGAUAGUUACCACGACAACAAAAAAGACUGAAUCAGACAGCAGUGAUGACGAGAAGAAUUCUGACAGUGGUGUUGAAGGUACUGAGAUGGAAGUUGAUAAAACAGAUGAAGACAGUCCAAAGAAAAUGUCUGAUCUUGAUUACUUGAAAUCUAAAAUGGCCGACAAGGAUUUAUUGAGUGAUUCUGAUGACAGUGACAAGGAAGAAGAAGAUAGUGGCAGUGACACCAGUGACAAGGACGGUGACAGUGACAGUGAUAGUGACACCAGUGACAGUGAUGAUGAAGGUGACACCAGUGACAGCAGUGACAAAGAUGACAAGGUUAAUAAAGAUAACAAAUCUAAAAGUGAAGAUAAAGAUGACAAGUCUGAUAGUGAUGAUGAAGAGUUUCUCACACUGAAAACAGAAGCAGUCAUUGCAAAUGAUGACAAGGAACCAGUCAAACAGAAGUAUGUGAUAAAGUUAAGAGGAUUUACUGGUUAUGUUGAUGAGAAAAUGAUAAGAGAGUUUUUCCAGCCACUUGAACCGAUUGGUGUAAGAAUACCUAAGAAUGCAAAGAAGAAACCAUUAGGUGUAGCUUUUAUUGACUUCAGUACAGAAAAGGAAUGGGAUGAGGCCAUGAGAAAAAAUAAAUUGUUUAUAGGUGGUAAGAGGAUACUGCUGAAGAAGAUGAAAGAAGACACUGUUGACGAUGUAACAGAAAUUCAGGCACCUUCUGUAGAUCUUGAGAAACAGAGGCAAGAAACAGCAGAAUCUGAAGCAGCCAUUGCAGAUACUGGCAGAUUGUUUGUGAGAAACCUGCCAUACAUAUGUAAGGAUGAAGAUAUUGAAGCAUUAUUCUCAAAGUUUGGUCCUUUGACAGAAACACACUUACCAAUAGAUACUUUAACCAAGAAACUGAAAGGGUUUGCCUUUAUAACAUAUAUGAUGCCUGAACAUGCUGUCAGAGCUUUUACAUUUCUUGAUGGAACCAGUUUUAUGGGGAGGAUGCUACAUAUUUUACCAGCCAAAUCAAAGGAAGAUGAAGAAACUGCUGCAUCAGAAGGUUCAUCUUUUAAAACACAAAAACAGGCAAAACAGAAAGCCAUGGCUGGCAGCUCUCACAACUGGAAUACAUUAUUUAUGGGUGCAAAUGCUGUUGCUAAUGUGAUGGCACAAAAAUAUGGAACAGAAAAGAGUCAAAUUCUAGAUGCAGAGAUAUCUGGAAGUUUAGGUGUACGGAUGGCUCUAGGUGAAACACAGAUUGUCUCUGAAACUAGAGAUUUCUUAAUAGAUAAUGGUGUUAUAUUAGAUAGUUUUAGUCAGGCUGAUGGUCCUAGAAGUAAGACAGUGAUAUUAGUGAAGAACUUACCUUCAGGAACCAAGUCAGAGGAAUUACAACAUGUGUUUUCUAAACAUGGUACACUGGGUCGAGUCAUAUUGCCUCCAUCUGGUAUUACGGCUAUAGUCGAAUUUCUUGAACCUACAGAAGCUAAAUUGGCAUAUAAAAAACUAGCAUACACAAAAUUCCAGCAUGUUCCAUUGUAUUUGGAAUGGGCUCCAACAGAGGCAUUAAAACCACUCAAGCAAGUAAAGGAAGACAAACCAGCUGACAAAAAGGAUGAAGAUCCCUCUCAGAAGUCAGAGGAUGAGGAAGAAGAGGAGGAAUCGGCAGAGCCAGGAAGUACAUUAUUUGUGAAGAAUGUUAACUUUGAUACAACAGAUGAUGAUUUUAAACAGAAAUUUGAGAAAUGUGGCAAAAUAAAGGCAGCUUACAUUGCUAAAAAGAAAGAUAUGAAAAAUCCAGGAAAAUUUCUAUCUAUGGGAUAUGGUUUUGUGGAGUAUAUGAAGAAACAGAGUGCUGAAAAGGCCAUGAAAACCUUACAACAUACUGACUUGGAUGGUCAUCAGCUAGAACUGAAAAUUUCAAACAAAGCUACCAUUCAGCCAGGUGUAGAGAAGAAAAAGAAACAGUCAAAGAAAGAAAUUAAAACUUCAAAGAUUUUAGUGAGGAAUGUUCCCUUUGAAGCUACACGGAGAGAGAUAUAUGAGCUCUUUAAAGUGUUUGGUGAAUUGAAGUCUGUCAGGUUACCUAAGAAACUCAGUGGUACUGGAACACAUAGAGGAUUUGGCUUUGUUGAUUUUCUAACCAGACAGGAUGCUAAAAGAGCAUUUGCAGCACUGUGUCAUAGUACUCAUUUGUAUGGAAGACGUUUAGUUCUAGAAUGGGCAGAGAGUGCUGAAGAUUUGGAUGAAUUACGUAAAAAGACUGCAGAACAUUACCAUGAAGAUGUUCCAAGAAAGAAGAUGAAGAAAUCAAGUAUAAUGGAACAGUUGGAAUCUUCAGAAAUGCAAUAAAAUGUUAAUUGUAACAUUUUAGAAAAACUUAACUUCAGUGCUACACAAAGUUUUACAAAAAAAGAUAUCAUUAUCUCAGAGUAGUAUUGCAUGUGUUCAUGGACAUUUUACAAGAAUAACAAAUUGUCAAGUGUAAACUAUUGAAUGUGGCUAAAACUUGUCAAUAAAAUUUGAAUUUUAA